GCCUUUCUUCGUAGAUUUGACUAGCAAAGAUUAGCAGCAAGAUGAAGAAGAAAUACAAGACAAAGUUUCCAGUAGCACGUAUAAAAAAGAUCAUGCAAAUGGAUGAGGACGUUGGAAAGGUCGCGCAAGCAACUCCAAUACUCAUAUCGAAGGCUUUGGAAUUGUUUAUGCAAUCCCUCAUAGAUCAAGCAUGUGUUGAAACACGCUCCAGAAAUGCCAAGAGACUAACAGUGGCUCACUUAAAAAAGACCGUGCAAAAUACUGAGCAGUUCGAUUUUUUGAAAGACGUCGUCGCAGAGAUACCCGACCCCAUUGAAAAUGCCAAUGCUGAUGAAGUCAAGACCGAAGGUGAUGCUAAGCCUGCUCGAACUCAGCGUGCUGCUCCUUCGCGACGAAAACCCAAGAAGGAAGAGGAGGACGAGGAAUUUUGAACAUGAAAAAAAAAAAAACGCAAUGCUUUACCUUCAGCAUAUCUACCAAUCGAAGCGCUAUAGCCUCACUCCGAUACAAUUGAGCGACACGACACGCCCUUCAAUUCUAUCAUCCUGUAUUUUUAUAAGUUCGCGCGCACUUUUCCUGUAAACAAAAUAAUAAAUUAUUCAAAGCUAGUAUGUUCACAGGACAAAUAGAAUACGCAUUCAGG